AUGUCGGAUUAUAUCGGCGAUGGACAGUGCGCCGAAAACCGCCCAGGUACGAUUUCUAAAUCAGCAAACGUAUCGAAAGCGAUCAGAGAAAGACCAGUCCCCCAUACUAUGGACGUCGACUCAAUCUGCGAUUACUGCUACCACUUUUGGACUGGCGAGCGAGAGGAGUUAUCAAUUCUUGCUCACGGUCUUGAGCGCGACAUGGGCAAAAUGAGGGAGUCUGCCGAUGCGGGUUGUCACUGCUGCGCCAUUUUCCUCGCCAAUGUAGCCCUCAAUAAGCCGUUCAAGGACGAAAUCGAACUCGGAGACAAUAACAGAAUUUUUGUCAUGCUCCAUCGAAACAUGCUAGCACUCCUCCGUCUACUUGGAGACGGGACUGCCCGAACGCGGCUACGUUUCAUUUUGCGAGAAGGUAGACAAGAGUUCGUCGACAAGUUAGCCAAACAUGGACACGAGGCAUGGACUGGCUCGCCCUGCAGCCUCGCCCAAUCAAAAGAAUGGCUCAGGCAGUGCGAAGAGACUCAUCCAGAAUGUCGCUCACCUGAUCCGGCUUACUGUCCAUCCCGACUACUAUUCAUCGACACAGAAAACAAGGCCGUCAGGCUGCGUAGCCGUGGAAGCGUCCCUGACAGGGCUAAAUACGCAGCAUUGAGUCACUGCUGGGGCGAAACGAGAGCGGUUUGUCUGAGAAAGGACAACUCAAAGGUGCUUCAAGAGGGCGUAUCAAUCGCUGAGCUCGCGAAGACCUUUCAAGAGGCCAUCAGAGUGUGUCAAGAGUUUCACUUGGAAUACAUUUGGAUUGAUUGCUAUUGCAUUAUGCAGGAAGACCCUGAAGACUGGGCCACAGAGUGUAUCACAAUGCAGAGUGUCUACGGCAAUGCUUACUUGACCCUUGCAGCAACAGAUGCCAAGAACAGCCACGAGGGUCUUUUCCGUGAGAGGCAUGCCAAGGUUGUGCAGCCUUUCAGAUUGUCCAUAAUUGACAUGAUGCCUGCGUCAGAACAGACAGAUGGUGACCUAGCUGAGACAUUGAAAACGGUCGAGGAAACCUGGGCAAACUCAGAAGGUGUCUUCUUCCUAACUGACAUCGACCUCGUGUGGGAACGUCUGGAAGAGUCGCCGCUGAAUCGCCGUGCCUGGGCAGUGCAGGAACGGAUCUUGAGCCCGCGCGUCCUUCACUUUGACAAAGAUCAGCUGGUUUGGGAGUGCGAUUCAUUGACCGCGUGCGAGCGAUUUCCAGGCCCGACCGGUCUCGAGGGACUAGUUCCUGCUCAAAAGCGCGUCCGCGCGUCCAUUGACAAACUGCGCUGUAGGCAUGUCACCGACAGACCGCUUGGGCAGGAGCUUCACGACAGCUGGAGACCGAUCAUCAAAGCGUACACAUCUGCAGGACUGACGAAGCAGACUGACCGACUUAUUGCGCUUGAGGGCAUCGCGCAGUGGUUGGCUCAAACUUAUUCCUGUUUGUAUGUCGCCGGACUGUUCACUCGCAACAUGGAGAGUCAACUGGCCUGGAGGCUUGGCAACGAUCCUGAUCGGCAGGCCAAAGGUACGCACCGACGCAUCCCUGUAACCAAGAUAGCGCCGUCCUGGUCAUGGGCUUCGUUCCUCGGUGAAAUAGAUAUGCUGUCUCAGUGGCAGUCUGUGGAUUCAGAAGAAUCCUACCGCGCAAUACAAGGUGUAGACCUCUGUGAGAUCGUCCUCUGCCAGAUCACGAACAAGGAUGCCUUAGCUGCCAACUGGACACCCAUGGAUCGGUUCCGCGAGCUGCCACUGGAGAUCAGCUGUUUCCUGGUGCAAAUCCGAUUCCCUGACUUUGCUGAGAUCAAGACUUGGCCCGAGGGGAGACACGACAUGAGGGCAUGGCCUGAAAAUGGUUCCCCCGUCUAUAGUUCUGAGUAUCUGCCUUUCGAGGAGGACCGUCCUCUGGACGAUCUAUGGCCAUUAGCAUUCGCUAGUGGCGGUGGCGGUAGCACAAGUUACGGCAUCCACAACGGGAACUACCAUGCAAGCUUGAUUGUCGAAACCAUCAGCAAGCAGCAAGCCGACACCUUCUUCGUCAGCGUAGAAUUCGACUUCUGGGAGCACUAUCGAGAGCACCGCACGUGCUUAUUGAUGCCAACUUAUGAGGUGACCCAAUAUGAGGCCCAGGGCCUCGUAGAGAAGACCAACGUUCGCGUCACUCGGGGCCUGGUUUUGGAACGUCGAGAUACGACUACCAACCAGUUCUGCCGUAUUGGUAUGUUCACUCUGAAAUGGAAUCACCGAGCGACAUUCUGGCGCGCCGCUGUGAAUAAUGAUAUCCCAGGCCUGACGAAGCAGAUGGUAAAGGUGGAUACGUGGCCGGAACUCGACAUUGACGUAUCUUCAACGGCGCCAUAUCACUUUGAGAAAAGGGAACAGGCGCCACAGUAUCAGAUCGUGGUCCUUUAA